AUGGGGUCAAUUCCAGACAGAAAAAUCACCAUCUCCAUCGACCGUGGUGGCACAUUCACAGACGUGCACGCCAUCGUCCCCGGCAGAUCCGACAUUGUCCUCAAGCUCCUAUCAGUCGACCCUGCCAACUACAAGGAUGCUCCAACCGAGGGUAUCCGAAGGGUUCUUGAGGCCGCCACGGGUGCAUCUCUGCCCCGGGGCCAGCCGCUGCGGCUAGACAAUAUUGAGUGUCUACGCAUGGGCACUACGGUUGCCACCAACGCUCUACUUGAGCGCAAGGGCAUGAAGUCGGCCCUCCUGACCACCAGGGGCUUCAAGGACCUCCUGCGCAUCGGCAACCAGGCCCGCCCGGAUAUCUUUGACCUCUCCGCCAGGCGACCCGAUGUCUUGUUCGAGACCGUGGUCGAGGUGGAUGAGCGCAUUAUCCCGUCCCAUCCCCGCUCGUCCCGGGAGGCCCUGUCAACCCUGCGUGAGAUCGACGGCAUCACCGGCGAGAAGUAUCAUGUCGCCCAGGAGCUUGAUACAGAGAGCCUGAUGGCCAACCUGCAGGUCCUCAAGGACCAAGGCUAUGGCUCCAUCGCCGUCGCCCUCAUCAACUCUUUCGCGUGCCCCGACCACGAGCUCAACGUCGGUGACAUAGCCAGUAAGAUGGGCUUCUCGGUGGCGCUCUCAUCGCAGCUACAGCCAAUGAUCAAGGUUGUCCCAAGAGGCAUGUCAGCCACGGCAGAUGCCUACCUCACCCCUGUCAUCAAGUCGUACAUCGACUCAAUCUCAGCCAACUUUGAGGGUGGCCUGGCCGGAUCACAUGGCUGUCGUGUCGAGUUCAUGCAGUCAGAUGGUGGUCUGGUUGACUUUCGCAAGUUCAGUGGCCUCAAGGCCAUCCUUUCGGGCCCUGCUGCCGGUGUUGUUGGCUAUGCCUCGACGAGCUGGGAUGAAGAGGCUCGGGUUCCCAUCAUUGGCUUCGACAUGGGUGGUACCUCAACUGAUGUGUCGCGAUUUGACGGCCACCUCGACCACACCUUUUCCUCUAGCAUCUCGGGUGUGAGCAUCCAGGCCCCGCAGCUUGACAUCAACACGGUCGCUGCUGGUGGUGGGUCCAUCCUAUCUUGGAGGAACGGUCUCUUUAUGGUUGGUCCCGAGUCAGCCUCUGCCCAUCCUGGUCCGGCCUGCUACCGCAAGGGCGGACCUCUGACUGUCACUGAUGCAAACCUGUUCCUUGGCCGUCUCCUCCCUGAGUACUUCCCCAAGAUCUUUGGUCCCAAUGAGGAUCAACCCCUUGACCGCGACAUCACCAAGAAGCUGUUCCAGGAGAUGACGGACAAGAUCAACAUGGAGCAUGGCCAGGCCCAUCUGACCCCAGAGCAGGUGGCUUUGGGCUUCCUUAAGGUUGCGGACGAGUCCAUGACGCGGCCGAUCCGCAACCUGACCGAAGCUCGUGGCUUUGAGACGUCUUCUCAUCACUUGGCCUGCUUCGGUGGUGCUGGUGGUCAGCACGCUUGCAAUGUGGCGGCCUCACUCGGCAUCUCGCGUAUCAUCAUCCACAAGUACUCUUCCAUCCUGUCUGCAUACGGUCUCGCCCUUGCCGAGAUCGUCCAAGAGGCGCAGGAGCCAAUGGCAGCCCAGUACAUCGGCUCUGAGGAGACCAUCGAUCUUAAGCUGCAGGGCCUGAUGGACCGCUCCACUGAGCAACUCGGCACGCAGGGCUUCACCAAGGGCCAGCUCCGUUACGAGAUAUUCCUUAACAUGAGGUAUGAGGGAUCCGACACGAGCCUGAUGAUCCUCAAGCCCGACGACGGUGAUUUCGCCUCGGCUUUUGUCGAGAGGCACCGACGAGAGUUCAACUUUACCUUUGAGCGACCUAUCCUCGUUGAUGACGUCCGUGUUCGGACCAUCGCCUCGGCCAACAAGGCCUCCGAGAAGAGUCCCUUGAAGCAACUCAAAGAAGCCACUAUCAAGGAGGCUCCGGCUCCCUCGCAGUUUACAGAUGUCUACUUCGACUCGGAGUCCGGCUUCAUCAAGACCCCCGUGCAUCGGCUACGGGAGCUGGGCUCUAACGUCAAGCUCCACGGACCUGCCAUCAUCAUCGAUGAAACACAGACCAUCGUUGUGUCCCCCAAUGCUGUCGUCCACGUGCUCGACACCUGUGUUCUCAUCGACCUGGAGUCGGCUCCACGAGAGGCGAGGUACUCUUCGCAGGUCGAUCCCGUCCGACUGUCCAUCUUCGGCCAUCGGUUCAUGUCAGUGGCGGAGCAGAUGGGUAGAACACUCCAGAAGACGGCGGUGUCGACCAACAUCAAAGAGCGUCUCGACUUUUCUUGUGCCCUGUUCUCCCCUGAUGGCGGCCUUGUCGCCAAUGCGCCCCACGUUCCCGUUCAUCUCGGGUCUAUGCAAUUUGCCGUUCGCUAUCAGCAUAAGCGGUGGCUGGGAAAGCUUAAGGACGGCGAUGUUUUAGUCUCAAACCAUCCUGUAUCUGGGGGCACCCAUCUGCCCGAUGUAACGGUUGUGACGCCUGUGUUCAAACAGGGUACUGAUGAGAUCAUCUUCUAUGUCGCCUCCCGUGGUCACCACGCUGACAUCGGCGGAAUCCUUCCCGGAUCCAUGCCUCCCAACUCAACCGAGCUGUGGCAAGAGGGCGCUGCCAUCGAGUCCGAAAAGGUCGUCUCAGACGGUGUCUUCAAUGAGGCCCGCAUGCGGGAGCUCUUCCUAGACAUCCCCUCCAAGUACGAGGGCUGCUCGGGAAGUCGGAACAUCAGCGACAACAUCUCAGAUCUCAAGGCCCAGAUCGCCGCCAACGCACGAGGUAUCGCGCUAAUCCAGAACCUGAUCGACGAGUACGGCCUGGAGACAGUCCAGAUGUACAUGUUUGAGAUUCAGAGGACCGCCGAGCUAGCCGUACGGAAUCUUCUCAAGGAUAUGUACCACCGUUACGGUGGCAAGCCUUUGGAGGCGCUGGACUUCAUGGACGACGGCACACCCAUCAAGCUCAAGAUCACCAUCGAUGAGGAGGGCUCGGCCGUAUUUGACUUUGCCGGUACCGGACCCGAGGUCCGUGGCAAUAUCAACGCCCCUGAGGCCAUCACUAACUCGGCAAUCAUUUAUGCCCUACGGUGCAUGAUCAAGUCCGACAUCCCUCUGAACCAAGGCUGCUUGAGCCCCGUGGACAUCAGGAUCCCCAAGCCCAGCAUCCUUAGCCCGACUGGCGCCGCUGCCGUCGUAGGUGGUAACGUCACAACCAGCCAGCGGGUCACCGACGUGGUACUUAAGGCUCUGCACGCGUGCGCCGCCUCGCAGGGCUGUCUCAACAAUCUGACCUUUGGCAUUGACGGCAAAGUCGACGAGGAGACUGGUGAGUUUGUCCCGGGCUUCGGAUACUACGAGACCAUUGCUGGUGGUGCCGGUGCCGGCGACAACUGGGUUGGAGAGAGCGGCGUGCAUGUUCACAUGACAAACACGCGCAUCACGGACCCCGAGAUUCUAGAGAAGAGGUACCCUUGCAUCCUCCGCCGUUUCGAGCUUCGGGAAGCGACAGGUGGUGAGGGACGUAACCGGGGGGGAGAUGGAGUGGCGAGAGAGAUCGAGUUCCUGGCUCCCGUACAGUGCUCCAUCCUCUCGGAGCGGCGUGUGCAUCGGCCCUACGGCAUGGAAGGCGGAGAGGCAGGCGCUGCUGGCCUGAACCUUUGGCUCACGACGGAUAAGUAUACCGGUCUGGCCCGGAAGGUCAACAUGGGUGGGAAGGGCAGCGUGCCUAUGAAGGUUGGAGAUAGGGUUGUUAUCAUGACGCCUGGUGGCGGCGGCUAUGGAACCAAGUAG